AUGCCGUUUGUCUGCAAUUCGUGCUCUAAAGUGUUUGCAAGAAAGAUACAGCUUAAUAAACACAUGGAAAACCUACAUAAAGAUAAUGAUUUCCAUAAAUAUCUUAGCAAAUGCCUGGAAGACAACUGCCAAACUUCUUUUAAAUACACUGCACAUCUGAGAGAACACCUUCAGAGUUGUCACAGCAAAAUUAUUGAAAAUGAAACGCUGUAUUUUUCAACAGAAGGGGAAUUUUAUGAUUGGAAAAAUACUAUUUGCAAAAAUAACAACGUGCAAUAUAACUGUAUGAAGAAAAAUGACCUGACAUAUUUUAACUGCAACCGAUCAGGACUCUUUAAAGACAAUAAUAAGAACACAGUCAAAUGUUUAAAAAGUCAAGGGAGUUGUAAAAUCAACAGCAAUUGUACCAGUCAGAUAAUUUUAAAAAAGAUGAAUAUGGACAAGUAUAGAGUUGACUAUUUUAAAACACACUAUGGACAUGACUUGGAAGUUCAGCAUAUUAGAAUACCAAGAGAGGAUAGAAUUGAUAUUUCAGCCAGAUUGUCAAGUGGGGUUCCAGUAGUCAGAAUUUUAGAUUCCUAUAGGAACUCUAUUGAGGAGGAAAAGUUGUCUCGUUGUGAUAUAAUCACAAGGAAAGACAUCAAUAACAUAAAAACAGCAUUUAACAUAAAUAUCCAGGAGGGAGUAAGACAUGAAAAUGACAGUGUACUUGAGAGCAUGCAUAAAACGAUUAAGUACUUUUAUUUGGAUGGGAAAACUGUGAAACGACUGGAUAAGGGCAUAACAGCCGUUCUCAAAUAUACUCGAGACAAAAUUGUGAACCGCUUGAUAAAGAUUACAAAAGGAGUGAAUAAUUGUCAUAUUCAAGACAUUCACAAAAGGCACCGGGUUGCAUUAACUAGUAAGAUGGAAAUUACUAAUGAAAAUAAUCAUACUUGGAUUGUACAAACAGAAAAUGGAAAAUAUCAGGUUUCAAGAAAUGAAAAAACUUCAGAUGAAAACUGCAAGUUAACUUGCUCAUUUUGCAAAAUAUGCAUUCACGAUUUUGAAUGCACAUGUGCGGACUUUUACAUAAGAGGAACCAUAUGUAAGCACAUUCAUUUCAUUAAACUAAAUGUACAGAAUAUUGAAGUUGAUAAUAAAGAGAUGGAAGAUGAAUCAGAAUUCAGAAUAAACCCAUGUGUGGAAGAAACUGUUUUAAAUCUUAAAACAUUGUCAAACUAUGGGCUGACAGAAAACAAGAAAAAUGUAUCACAUGAAAUAAAAAAAGCAUGCACACAACUGUUAGAAAUUCCUGAUUCAGUGUAUGAAAAUAACGAAACUGGCCCCCAAAUUUUGAAAUUUUUGCAAAAUUGUAUUGCUUUAACAAGCAUACAAAAAGGUGAUUCUAAAAAAAGAAUUAUAACAGACAAUAAAAAUUGCCAGGAACCCGCAAAUAAAAAAAUAAAAAAACAAAAUACUUUUUUUUCAACUAUGAACAAAGUAAAAGGAAGCAAAAACACCAUUAAAAGACCCACACAAUCGGAAAUCUCUUUAAUAACAUCUCAAUUAAAUACCCAAAGUGAUCAUGAUUAUACAUGCUAG